CAUUUUUCUAAAACACAAACAAGACGAGAAAGCGAUCUAUGAAAAUAUUCGCAGCGAACGUUGGUCAGAGGAAAUUAUAAUUAAUCAAACGUGGUUCAAGCAAAUAUUCAACAUAUAGUUGCAAGGAAGUAACCUGGAGAUAUACAGGUCAUUGCGAAAUACACGCAUAUGUUGUUAAAAACAGGAUUUAACUAGCUACAUUUCAAUUUCGCAAAAUUUGCAACUACCAGCAAGCUAAGUUGUAGCUGGCUAGCUGGCUACUUAGCUGGCUAGCUAGUGCGACCAGCUUUAAACAAAAGGUGUUUGGAGGAAAGGAAGAAACAUAGACCCGAUGUAAAGAUUCAAGCAGGAGUAAGAAGACAGAAGUGGAGAGAAUAAUAAAUGCACAUGAAGAAGAAACACCUCUCCCCGUGAUCUCCUGUUCACAAUUUUGCUUCAUGGUCAUUAUUAUGAUCAACUCCAAUGUUGAUGUAAUUACUGGUGCUAUUUCUCCAUGAACAUUGCAUUUUUGUUUUCAUUUGUUGAUUGGUGAGCUUGCUGUCACAUUUGGCCACUCUGUCACCUCACCUAACCCCUUUCCCAGAGCCUGGCAGCUAUUUGCUCAGUGUAACAGAUUUGUUUGGCCCAAGUACACUCUCUAAACCACUGCACACAGAAGAACCAAAUAGCCUUUAACCCCCUCAUCGUAUCUGGACCAAACUGGUUCAAUCCUCUGGACAAGAAGCGUUGAGCUCCAGUUGAAGAGAGGAGUAUGACUGCUGAAACACUUAACUUCGGCCCAGAAUGUUGUCUAGGGGAAGAUAAUGGGCGAUGCAUAUCCAACCUAAACUUGAGGCUCCGUGCACUAUCCAGAGGGCGGAGUGUGACGUCCCCCCCUCCCUCUCCAGCAAUGCCAAAGUCCAAGCUGGCCGAUUACCGCUAUGGCCGCGAGGAGAUGCUAGCACUUUAUAUCAAAGAUGACAAGCCCCCAGAGGAUAUCAUGCAGGAUAAGGAGUUUGCUGCUAUCCUGCAAGAUGAGCCUGUGCAGCCUUUGGCCCUGGAGCCUCUAACUGAGGAGGAGCAGAGAAACUUCUCCAUGUCUGUGAACAGUGUGGCUGUGCUGAGGCUGAUGGGAAAGGGAGGCGGGGCCGCCCCUGCAGGUGUGGCCAAGGGUCGUGGAGGAGGCAUCAGAGGAGGGAGAGGAAGAGGUGAAGGUGCAUUCUACCAAAGAGCUCCUGGAGGUCCUGAUGAUGGAGAGGUGGGCUUCGGUCGUGGCCGAGAAAUGCUCCGCAGCCAAAGCUGGGAUGACCGAGCUGAUAGGCCCAGGUUUGAGAAGCUAAUCAGGCGUGCUGAAGUAGUGCGUCCAGGGUUUGAGGAGGCGGGGCCUCUUGGCAGGAAGGACUCCUGGCGUGCCGACAGCGACAACUGGCGUACGCUCCGAGAGGAGGAGGAAGAGGCAGCAGGAGGAGUGGGAGAGCAGCCAGCCUGGAGAGUUGCAGGAGCCCGCAGUGAUGAUGGGGGUCCUCGGUCUGCAGGCUGGCGUGAUCAUGGCGGCCGGAGGAAGUUUGAGUUUGACUUCCGUGAUGGCGAGGGCCCACGCAGGGAGGACGACAGGGACGGCCUUCCUGAGUGGUGCACCGAUGAGGAGGAUGGAGAGAUGGGCACCUUUGACUCCUCUGGGGCCUUCAUGUGCAUCAAGAAAGGCUCCAAGGACACCAUCACUGAAGAGGAUCUGGAGUUUGAAGCUCUAGAGGAAGAUGAGGAGAAUGGUCAGGAAGACAAGGACAACUAUAAGGAUAACUACACUGACAGAGAUAAGUGUGAAGCAGCACGUGAGGAGGUGGACAAGUACAGGACUCCUUCUCCUCCUGCUGUCUCUGCCCCUCCCUCCUCAGACCCUCUCCCUGCACCCUGUGCCCCAGAGGCUCCCCAGGCACCCAUCUCCCACCCCUCCAAAACCAACCACGUGCCCACUGAAGGCAGCUCACCUCCAGGGAGUGGUGCUCAGCUCAGUCCAGACCCCUGCUCCUCCACCACCACCACCUCCAGCCUGAUGCCUCCUCCCUCCUUCGGAUCUCUCCUCCCAUCAACAGGGGGAGAAGUGGAGGAGGACGAGGGCAUGAAGCACCUGCAACAGGAGGCUGAAAAGAUGGUGGCAUCUCUGCAGGACACAUCCCUUGAGGAGGAGAGUUUCACUCAAGCACUGCAGGAGAGCCACAACAUCUCCUCCCACUCUCACACACACCCAGCCCCACGCUCACACACACGCACCGCUGGACACACACACUCCCACUUGGUCCAUAGGGACUGUGCCCUGCCACUCUCCCACGAGGCAGCCAUGAAGUGGUUCUACAAGGACCCCCAGGCAGAAAUCCAAGGUCCCUUCUCCACGGUAGAGAUGUGCGAAUGGUUCCAGGCAGGAUACUUCUCAAUGACCCUGCUGGUAAAGAGGGGUUGUGAUGAGGGCUUCCAGCCCCUGGGUGACGUCAUCAAGAUGUGGGGGCGUGUGCCAUUCUCCCCUGGCCCGUCCCCCCCGCCCCUGCUGGUGAGACAGCCCCCACCACCUCGGGGGUCCUCUAGCAAUAUGGAUCAGGAGCUGCUGAAGAAACAGUUAGAGCAGGCAGCCACUGCAGCUCUAUACCAGCAACUGCAGAUAAGGUUCCAGCACAUGAACAGGAGUGGGGAUUCUAGCAUGAUACCCUCGAUGAACAGGUCAAUGUCAGUACCAGAUAAUGGGUCUAUGUGGGACAUGCGUACCUCAGCCUCCCAGCAGUCAGGCGGUGAGGCCAACCUAUGGGACUUAACCAUGAGUCAUUCCACUCAGGGGCCAUCCCUGGAGCAGCUACAGAAGCUCCAGGAACGGCGUGAGGUUGAGCUCAGGGCCAAGCGAGAGGAGGAGGAGAGGAAGCGGCGGGAGGAGAAGAGGAGGCAGCAAGAGGAGCAGAAGAGGCGUGAGGAGGAGGAGCUGUACAGGCGUAAGCAGCAGUGUCGGCAGCAGCAGGAGCUGAUCAUGAAGCUGCUGCAGCAGGCCCAGCCCGGGGGCCCAGGGUGUGUCUCUGGAUCGGGGUCUGGGUGGAGCGGCCCCCAGGCAUCAGUCCUCUCCAAGCAAGGCAAGAGCCUCAGCAUGCUGGAACUGGAGACCGAGAGGCUGCUCAAACAGCAGGCACAGCACCAGAAGGCCCAGCAGCAGAGAGACCGGCAUGGAGGCCUGUCUAUGGGUCAAUGGGGUGAGGGGUCUGUGGGCAUGUGGUCUGGUGGGGGCAUGGAGCCCAAAGGCAGCUCUGGAGGGAUGGGUGUCUGGGAGGAGGCUGUGAAGAACCAGAACAGCCUCCGCAACAUGGGCAUGAAGAACAGCCGCAGCAGCCCCUCUCUUAGCGAGCAGUACAUGUUGAGGAAGAAGCGUACAGAGGAGGAGGACAAACUGCUGAAGCUGCUGCAGGGCAUGAAGCCCCAGGACGGCUUCACCACCUGGUGUGAACAGAUGCUGCACGCGCUCAACACCUCCGCUAACAACUCCCCCUCCUCCUCCCUGGAUGUGACCACCAUCGUGGCCUAUCUGAAGGAGGUGGAGUCUCCCUACGAAGUCCAUGACUUUAUCCGCUCCUACCUGGGCGACACUGUGGAAGCCAAAGAGUUCGCCAAGCAGUUCCUGGAGCGCCGUGCCAAACAGAAAGCAAACCACCAGAGACAGCAACAGCAGCUGUCAAAAGAAGUUGCAGGGCUGUCCGUGAACAACUUUCCUGUACAGUCCAUGUUCCAGGCAGCCCAGAUGGGGACAGGAGGAAUGUAUGAUAGCCAGGCUGCAAAGAUGAAGAAGAAACAGACCAUGAUGCUUCACUCCGACCCCAGCAUCUUGGGAUAUUCAUUCCUGGGCGCAGGAGACAGGAUGAGCCUGGGAGAGAUGGAAACAGUGGAGGAUUAUUGAUCCACAGCAUCUACCUGAAUCCACCUGAGGCCUUACACCUGGCAUACGACACACACUGACCUACACACACACACACACACACACACACACACACACACACACGAAUGUGCACUGCUGAGCUACGUUGCCCCCUCUUAGAUGAGGACCUGGUAAAGUAGUGUUUUCUCCCUGGUCUCUCGGUGGGGUGGGGGGUGCAGAGAGGAGUACCCUCCCUCACUUCUUACAGUUAAGCACCUUAAACUAAACUAAUGCACUUUAUCACAGGGAGUUUCAAUAUUUCAAAUGAAGAUUCGCCUGUGUUUUUUUCUUUGUGUUGGUUUUAGGAUGCAAAAUUUGCAUAUAUUUUGCAUAUAUUAUGUCUACGAUAUGAAUAAACACAAGUGGGUAUGUGUGUGCAAACAUACCUAAGUAAGGAACUGGAGGUUAGAUCUCCGAUAAUAAUGGUGAGGGGUUGGGAGUGAUGAGGAUUUAUUGUUUUUGGAAGUAUAUUAUUUUUUGAAAGAGACACUGUUGUUUUAAAUUCAUUUAUAUAAAAUGUAAAGCUAUAACAAACCUGCAUUUUAUUAAGAAAACUUGAACGUUUGCACUUAGAAAAACAAACAAAAGUAGUUGUGGAUAAGUAGUGGAAGAAAAUGUUUCUUUGAAUGCUGGUGUGUCUGUGUGGUAGACUCAAAGCCUGCACACGUUUUAUUGCUUACAGAGAUGCAUAAAAAGGCCAUGUUUUUACUUUGUUCCAUGAAACUUUUUUUUACUUUGAAGAAUGUAUGCAAUUUGUGACCAUGUUAUAUGUAUGAGUGAUUGGUAGCAAAUGAAUGUGUGCAUGUUUUUUUUGUACAUGGGUUCUUUAAGUGAGAGUGGAGAGGGCUCUUUUCAUCCAAUCUUUCACCAGCUCCUCAUCCCCUAAAUGACUCCAUGAUGGUCUUUGCGUUUCUGUCCAGUUACCUGACUGGCCGUCCGUGUUCUGGCACUGGUGCUUUGCUGGCCUCAUGCUCUUCUCUCGCGACGAGUCACUGAGGUAUACGGGCUCUGAUUCGCUGAUUGAACUGUGAAAGCAGAUGUCUUGUUUCAAGGCAGAUUUCCGAGGUAUAUUUUACUGCAGUACAGGUCCUGUCUCUCGAUCUCAUUCUUGUUAAAAGAACCAUGAAUAGUUCUGUUUUAAUAAUGAUCUUCCUUGUGGUUAUGACAGUUGGUAAGACCAGAGAAGUCCCUUGCAUUUUUCAAAGGGAUCUAUUGCCUUUAAUGACAUGCCAGUGUUGAGGUCUUGCUUUCCUGUUCCCAGGCUGUUUUGCAGGCUAUUGCCACUGCUUGUGUGAAACCUGGUUUUUAUAGCCAGAGUCCUCUCUUUUGUUGCUUUUUGAAUAUAAUGUUUGUCUGUUAAUAACAAAGUGGAAAAGUAUUUGGACUUGAUGAAAUGGAGCACUUUUGAGGCUGCUAAGCUUUUGUAUUUUUAUAUUGUUUUAUUUGCCUCUGGUAAUUGUUUUUUAAAAACUCUUUAAAAAAAUAAUAUAUAUAUAUAUAUAUAUAUAUAUAUAUAUAUAUAUAUAUAUAUAUAUAUAUAUAUAUAUAUAAAAAAAUAUGAAUGUAUUCCAAAAACAGAAAUGUACAACAGUGCAGUGAGAUGAAGCCAGACUUUAAACAAAUAUUUUCAAGGUAUUGUAGUGAGGAUAAAGUAUUAGAAUCCCUGAAGAUGAGAUACUGUAAAUGAAACUGAGGUGGACACCGCUGAACACACUGCCUACUGCUCUCUGAAGAACUUCUCGUAAUAAGAUGAAGACGUCUGUCCAUCACCAAGCAAUGUUGUCAUCCUCAAUAGUCUCUGGAUACAGUUCCUCAUGGAUGGAAAUCCAACAUAGUGGCAGAUCCUUUCAAACAUGAUGGACUCAUUACAAACCUAUAUACCGAGGAAAUGGCAUGGGAAAAUGUAGCAGUAGUUUUUCAAAAGAUAAAUCUGUCUCCUUUUAUCUUUGAAUGUCUGGUUUGUGACUAUUCAUUAUCUUCUUCCUCUCUAAUUGCCUACAACUUGUGAAAAUUGAGAGUUUGAAGAUGUGGCUGGAGGAAUGAUCGGUACUUCAUCUGCAAACUGAAACUAUCUUUGCUUUAACCAUUUUUUAUUCAUACCAAGUCUGGAUUAUAUUUUUUAUUUAAAAAAAAAAAAGACAAAAAAUGGAUGAAGAGAAAAAGGAGAAUGGACAAUUGUUUUUAAAGAGACUGGUGACAACUGUAAUAUGUGGUUAUAUUUGACUCUGUGUGUUUCUCAUGGCUUCUUCACCAAGAAGAGAUCCAGAGAUGGAGUGAGGAGAUUGCAAGAGAGGAGAGGGAUCAAAAAUCUAUUUUGACUCUUCACGCUCCUUGAGCCUCCUCAACAGACUUGUUCCUCAGGCCAGCCUCCUAGCCAUAGCUGAUCCCCCUCCUUACAACAUACUGUGCAACAUGUCUCAUGGGGUUUGGCAGACUGGGACCAUGUGACUAGAGGUUGCCUGGUUAAAUUAUGGAUAUUUUAAAAAGAUUCAUCGUAUGUUCAAAGAAAUUAAAAUGUACUGGAGAGAACUUAUUUUUAUAACCCAGGCCUACAAUUGGAACUUUUUGAAAUCCAAAACUACUGGACAAUGGAAGGGAGGGGGGGGGUGAAACGUGUUCAUCUUCCACUUGUGCGUUUGUUGGUUUUAGUCACACAGAACAGUGUAGGGAGAUGGACAGGUUUGUGGACUACGUAAAAUGCCCCCGUCUCCUUGUAUUUACUCUUUUACUGGACAGUAUACCUCAAGGAUUGCCUUUCCCUGGACAUUUUCCACAAGAAAGGACAGCAUUGAGGAUGACCUUGACACCGAAGUGGACCAGAUUCUUCGAUGUACCAGAACAAAACUGCGCUGACCUUCAGAGAGCCACAGAAAGCAAGCCAGGAGGAUACUUCAUGGACACUAGCCACCACCACCUUGCUCGGUCCAUGUAGUGGCCCCUCUGCUAGACGAUCAGCUGCAAAGUGAGGAGGUGUAUCGGAGGCUAAGGCCUGUGGGCUCUCAUACCCUGAAUGACUGGGCUGUUCUGGACCACAGCUGGACAUGGGAUUGUCUCAGAGGAGCAGACAGGAGAGGAGAGAGACUCUCAGACUCUAACUUUGUCCCGGUCCUGGACUGGACUAGACCGGGGAAUACUGAACCCAGCUGACUGAGGUCUCAACCAGGAGUUAAGACUCAUACACACACACCAUACAUACAUGGACUCUCAAAUUACUUUAACAUACAGCUAUGCUCAUGCCCUGUUACAUUCACACGAGCACACACACAAAGAUCUGAUUGGCAAGUUUCAACUCCUGGAUGUAAAUAGUGAAUGAUUCAUUUGACUUUACUGGUUUUUGUGUUCAAUUUUUUUGACUCCUUAUUUGGUUUUACUUGCCUUAACUAGACAUAAUUAAAUUGCCCCUGAGUGAUAACCCCUUCCCCUCCCUAUUACCUAGUAAUAGGCUUGACCUGGUUGAGUGUAUGGAAUAAUGGCAGGGUUGGUUUGGGACAUCCUUUGACCUUCUAGCAGAGCAGUAAAAUGAUUGCAGUAAUGGGGAUUAAUGAGUGCUGUAAAAAUAUCAUGCUAAAACUAUUAGAGGAAUGUUUGUCAUGCAAAUUGGUUAAAAUACGUUUUGGGGAAAUGUUAUGCUUAUUUGACCUCUUCUCUCUACUCAAACACAGCAGAAUUUUAGAUGGAGCUGGGCAUUGUAAAUAGUUUUUACUUUGAAGAGAAGUGUAACAGAAUAAAUAAACUAAUGUGUGAAAUGCAA